CCAAUAUGAAUCAAACCAACCCUUUUAUCCCAUUUUCAGUUUUCUUCAUCUUCCAUUUCCAUCAUCACCAUGGAAGCUACUGCAACUCUACUCAGCUUCUCUCUUCCAUCCACCAAAACCCAAUCUUUUCAAAUCCUAACCCGACCCAUUAACCCAUUCAACCCACCCACAUCAUACAAACAUAGACCCAUUUCCAAAACCCACCGUUUAUCCAUCAACGCCGCAAUUUCACGCACAAAGAAAGAAGAAACAGUUGAAACCGUAAAAGAACAACUUGAAAACUGUUACCUCCUCGCCGGAAUCAACUACAAAGGCUUCACCGUAAAACAAUUUCAAGAACUUCGAAAAACUCUUCCUGAAACAACGAAACUCGUUGUUGCGAAGAACACGUUGGUUUAUAAAGCACUUGAAGGAACACAAUGGGAGACGUUGAAGCCAUGUAUGACAGGUAUGAAUGUGUGGUUGUUUGUUCAUACUGAAGAGAUUCCCUCUGCUAUUAAGCCUUAUAGAGAUUUUCAGAAAGAGAAGAAGCUUGAAGAAAAUGAUUUUACUGGUGCUGUUUUUGAAGGGAAAUUUUAUGGUCCUGAUGAGUUUAAGAAACUUGAAACAUUGCCGACACGUGGCGAGAUUUAUGCUAAUUUGUUGGGUUCAUUGAAAAGUCCUUCUUCUGCUUUGGUUACUACCAUUCAAGCUCCUGCUAGAGAACUUAUUAUGGUUCUUAAGGCACAUAUUAAGAAGCUUGAAGAACAGGAACAGGGUAGUGCUGUUCUAUAGAUAAGUUUUUUCAAUCUUGUUUGUGUAUUUGUUUUAUGAUUUUAUAAUUAUGUUACAAUGUGGAUUUUGUUUUAUUGUAUUUGAGCAUGUUUAUUUAUGUUUAUGUUCCCUCAGAUUAUGUGUACAAUACAAGUGUACAUUUGAUGCUUUGAGCUUGUUGUAUCAGAAAAUGUAGAAUGAUGCAAUUAUUUUUUCUCUUAGGAUACUGAUGAUGGAUAAUUUGUUCCAAUUGAAUGAUGCAAUUUCACUAAUUAUUGGUUAUUGUAUUUGA